AUGUCGAAGCCAGACUCAUCAACAGUAGCGUACCCCACGCCCCCGCCAUCCGCGCACAGCUCGCCACUACCAACCCCCACCUCCCUCCCAGACCUAGCGCUUGAUCACAACGCGUUCCCGCACCUCCUGGACGCGGUGAUCGCCGCCGCCCCACCCGCCUCGCUGUUAGCCCUCCGCGCGACCUCACGAGCAUGCUACGCCGCCGCGACACGGCGGCUGUACGCUCACGUUGUGGUGAGCGGCCACACGCCGCUGUCGUCCAUCACCCUCCGCACGCCUGGUGAUGUGGGCAGCCUCACGCUCGGCGGCGUCGGGUGGGGCGCGCACAACGAGGUCGACCCCGAGAUCAAGCCGCUCAUAUGUGCGCAUACGCGCGUGCUUUCGCUCGCGUCGCACGUCGACGAGCGGAUACUCGACGGCUUGGCGGGCUUGUUUGAGGCGCGGCCGACUAUCCGCGUCUUGUCGCCUGCGUUCGGGACGCGGCUGGGCAUCCUCGCCGCCUCGGCACCUUCGAUAGUCAUCUUCGCGCCCCUCCUCGAGCUCUGCCACCUGCCUAUUCCGCUCGCACUGCCACGCUUCACCGAGCGCAUGGUGCUCAACAUAUCGUUCAGCGAGGACACGGCGGCGCGUGCAAGAAAACCUGCCACCGGGUGGGUGCUAGCGCGGCUCGCAGAAGCGCACGGGGUCAAGGAGCUCGUGGUGGUCUUUACACGCACUCCCGCAGCGUCACAGCGUCACGCGAGCCCGCUGUCCGGGUGGUGGAGCGACUCGGGGCUGCGACUCGGCCUGCUCGACCACGUGAUAGGCUCGAUCGCCGCCCAGGUCCGCUGGACGCGGUGUACGUUCGUCGACUUGGCCGAGGUCGACCCCGAGAUCGUCGGCCUCGUGCCAGGCGUCCCAGGCACCGAGGUAGUCAAGGCUGUUCAGCAUGUAGUGGACGCUGCUAUCUCUGACGCGGUGACGAAGAGUAUCGUGCUCGCUGCGCCAAGAGACUCGGGGCUCGUGCCCCUCGACCAUGGGGAGAUGAGGGCGAGGGUACGCUACUUGACGCGGGAGGAGUACCACGCCGACGUGGGUGCGGAGCGGUAUGCACUCGAGGCUGACGAGGAGGUCGGCUUGUUGUAG